AUGGAGCUUCCGUCUCGCUCCCAAAUCAUCGCGCAGCAUGUGCAGAGAUCCGUCUCCCGUGACACCGCGGCCGGACAGCCCCAAGAAUGGCACCGUUUUCCAGAGCUGCCCCUUGCCGCCGAGCUCAUGGCCGACGAGUCCCCUGAUUUGCUCGAGGUCGUCGAAAUGAGACCCGUUCCCAAGUACGAUUAUCUCGAGGCCCAGUAUCGCCUCCAUCGCUACGAGGCCACCGAAAUGCUUCGCAAGACGAUUGUGCAGUUUCGCCAGGAUCCUGCAAUGGUCGAUGGUGACGAUGCCUCCGUGUUCACCGAGGUAUAUGUCAGGGGAAUCGUUUUGACUAGGGCAGGUCCCGCCUGUCGAGCCAUCCUCUCCAUGAAGCAUCCGCGGCCAGAAAGGCCGGGCAGCCAAGCGGACUGUCUGAUGCCAGGCUCGCUCGUGGCUCUUACGCCUCGCUCGGACAGCUUUCGGACAAAGUGCUUUGUCGCAACAGUGGCGAAUCGGUUCGAGGGCGUCGAUACUCGCCCUCCCGUCGUCGAGCUCUUUUGGGCCGAUGAAGGCGACGCCGUGGUCGACCCGACCUUGGAACUUGUAAUGCUGGAGCCCAAGGGACAGUACUUUGAAUCAAUCCGGCACACCAUGACUGGCUUGCAACAUGCCGUAGCCGUUGACUCCAAGUUCGACAAAUACAUCCACCAGGCUUCGACUCGCCAUCAACCCGCGGCCUAUUUGAGGGAGACGCCUUACAACGCUGCCGUGGUUCCGGACAGCGCGCAACAGCUGGACCCAUCCCAGCUCGAGGCCCUCAAGCUGGCUACCUCGCAAGAGCUGGCAGUCAUCCAGGGCCCUCCUGGAACCGGCAAAACCUUCGCGUCGAUUGUGGCCAUCGAGAGCUACGUCCGCACGAUGAAGAUGAUCCACGGGAACAGGGUCGAGAGCGCUACCAAUCCUGUUGUCCCCAUCAUCGUCGCAGCGCAGACAAACCACGCGGUCGACCAAAUUCUGGAGCGUUGUGUGAGGCUCGAGAUCGGGUCCGUCGCAAGACUCGGAAGGCGUUCUCAAGUCGAACUGAUCAACGAGCGAAACCUUUCCAACAUCGUGCGACGCUCAAAGGCGUGUAGGCCUGAUGGCAGGGCAGAGGCUUCCCUGAGAGGUCUUCGCGGUCAACUCCGAGUGUUGGUGCAGCAGUGCUUGCCAAAGGGACUUCUCAAGGCAGAAGACCUUCACGAACUAGGUAUCAUAACCGAGAAUCAGCUUAACUCUCUGACCCAGGAUGACUGGGAGACGGAGGCCGGGGGAGGGGAAGAGGAAGAAGCGCAGAGCGACAUGGCCAAAUGGCUGGACGAGUACAUUCAACAGCGCGAUUACCGAAAGGCAAUGCAACGGGAUGCGGAGACUCAACCCAAAGCCGAGCAGGCCGAAGACUUCCUGCCAAUUGACAUGACUCGGCCGGAUUGCAUUCUGAGAGCUCUCCAUCGCGACGAUGGCGACGUCUGGUGGCACAAAGCAGAGAGACUCUUGGCCCGCACCUCGGAUCUGUACCGGAUCAAGCCCACACAACGAGGUGCGGUGUACUGCUACCUGUACAAGAGUCUGUUCGCCCAAGUCACGGCCAAGAUACAAAGACUCUUUGGGCACUAUCAGGAAGUCUGCAACAAACUCAAGAUGACGCGGUGGGAAAACAACAUCAAGGCCAUGCACGCCGAGGGUGUCCAGAUUUUGGGGUGCACAACGACCGGGCUCGUCAAGUACCGCGGCAUGCUCGCCGCGUUGAAGCCUCGCAUCCUCUUGGUAGAAGAGGCUGCCGAGACACGAGAGGCCAACAUUGCGGCAGCGUUGUUGCCCUCCCUGGAGCAGCUGGUCCUCGUGGGCGACCACCAACAGCUGGUCCCCCACGCUGAUAUGCGGGAGCUUUGCCGAGCCCCCCAUCGCCUGACUGUCUCAUUGUUCCAGAGGCUUGUUAACAUCAAGGUGCCUUACUGCGCCUUGCGCGUCCAACGCAGGAUGAUUCCGGCCAUUCGCGAAGUUGUCCAGGUAUUUUACCCGAACCUGGAAGACCACGACGUCGUCAAGGACCCCGAGAGUCGACCACCUGUACCGGGCAUGGGGGAUUGCAGCUUGUGGUGGUUCCAUCACCAGUGGGUGCAGAGUCGCGGCGACGGCGGCUUUAGUUAUUCGAACCACAAGGAAGCGACCAUGGUUGUCGGCUUCGCGCGUUAUCUGGUCCAAAGCGGCGUGGCCCCGGAGCAGAUCACGGCCCUGGCCUACUACACGGGCCAAGUCGAGUUGAUCAAAAGCAAGCUCAGGCAGGACGCGUAUCUUGGUGCCCUGGAGUUUGAGUGGUCCGUCAGAACCAUCGACGGCUUCCAAGGAGAGGAAAACGACAUCAUCCUCCUCUCGCUGGUGCGAGGACCGGACUCCAGUCGUAGCAAGGCCAUGCCCGGGUUCGUCGCGGACGAGAACAGGGCGGUGGUGGCCACGAGCCGUGCCAAACGGGGCUUUUACAUCUUCGGCAACGCACAGAAUGUGCUUCGUGGCAACAGCAGGAGCCGGCAGACAUGGGAAAAGGUGGUCAGGGCGUUCCAAGGACGAACCGCGUCGCAUCUUCCUCUCACGUGUGCCGCCCAUGGCACCGGGACGAAAAUCUUUCAGCCUGAGGACUGGCGCCUCGUCACGGCAACUGGAUGCCUUAAGAGAUGCGACGAGAAGCCUCCGAGUGGCCCUGCAUUUAACAUGACCCCGCUUCCGCACCCUCCGAGCGGUGCUCUGUCUAGUGGCAGCGAGCAAGCUCAAUCGGACGUGGCGUCGAUGGCAGACGCGGUCAAGGCCGCCAUGAGGUACCAGACGAGCGAUGACUUGAUGGAAGGGGGCAUGCGCAAGCUCUUUGCAAAAUACGACGCGGCGGCCGAGGUCCUCGACGACCUGGACGUGUCCAGCUCGGAGUCGGGUAGCGGAUUGCUGAUCUCGCUGGGGCCGGAGUGA